AUGGACUUGGCACAUCAAUACGCAUUCGCCUCGUCGCUGUUGCCGGGACGCUCGCUAUCGCCAGAGGGCGUGCAGUUCGUAGCGCAGCGCGAGUCAUUCAAAGUCGAGCACCACGGUCACGAGGGGCAGCAUCUUGCAAUGUUCCUCAUAUUUAUUGCAGUGCUGGCAAUGCUGCCGGCCACGGUCAAGUACUGGCGGCGAAACCACCCACUGUCAUACCGGCUGGUCAGCAUGGGGUCGAUCAGCUUGAUCCCGCCAUACUUUGCGGCGGCCAACGGCUACCACCGCUUUGUCACGAUUUGGCUGCUGUACGCGGCGGCCAAUAUAUACAUACUGUACCAGGCCACGCGGCGACCGCUGCAGACGCACACGCCGCGGCGGGUGUACCAGUGGUUUGCAUUCACCAACAAGGCAUCGUACGCGGUGUUUAUGCUGGGAUUCUUUCUCUUCAUCCUCUGCUUCUUUAACAUUGUGCCCGGAUUUACAGACACGGAGGCGUACCUGUCGGCCAGCAUGCUGACUUUGUUCUAUGGGCUGUACUUUGGACUGAUGAGCCGUGAUCUGGUGACGCUGUGCUCGGACAACAUCGCAGCGGCAUUGGGUUACUCUGGCGGCGAGCACAACCUGCCGACAAAGUCACUCCCGUGCGAAGUGUGCUGUGUCUGUGGAGACGGGCUCGGGGAGCGCGAUGGGGCAGCGGCGGGCGUGAGAGAGCCGACGCAUGUUUUGGGAUGCGGACACGAGUUCCACGCGACCUGUAUCCGCGGCUGGUGUGUAGUUGGGAAACGCGAUGUGUGUCCGUUUUGCCGCGAGAAGGUCGAUCUGGAGCCGUUCAAGCGCAAUCCUUGGGACAAGCAGGAGCUAUUUUACGUCACGGCGCUGGAGUACAUGCGGUUCUUUGUCAGCUGGCAGCCGCUCACUGUGCUGCUGCUGACCAGCAUUUACUGGAUCCUUGGACUCAGUUAA